UUGCUAACUCGGCCAUUCUGGAUGUCACUAACUCGGCUUCUUCUCCGGAGCCUUUGUGCUCCACUGUCUCUCAGAUUAACUCAUAUCGCAGCGGUGCCUGGACAGCGUGACGUGUGUGGUUGUGCUGCUGCCGUGGUCCUGCCAGAUGCCUCCUGCUGCUGCUGCCAUCAUUAGUCAUUAGUCAUACUUCUACUGUUAUUAUACACAUAUGACUAUUGUCACACAUGUAUACUGCCAGAUAUUAAUACAUACUUUCAACAUAUUGUACCACAGUAGCCAGAACUAUAAUUAUAAUAUUAUUACUUUCAUUAAUGUUGUUGUAAGCUACUGUCAUGAUGUCGUUAUUUGAAAGCAUGCCAUUAUGACAUGGAACUAUUCGAAUAUACUGUCUCAGUCUCUGUGCUAAGCUAAGUUAACAGGUGGGGGACAAACAGCUGAUGGAGGACUUCUCCAGCACUCCCAGUCUAAGCUGGUGUCCAGCUGCUGGUCUAAACUGGGAGCCCCUCCUCUCUCUGUGGCCCCUCCUAUCUCCAGCCCCCUCCGUCUCUCCACACAGACGAGAAGCAGCCGGACGGAUCAGAGGAUGUUGUCAUCACCACCUUCUACCUCCCUCCCCACCUCUGCCCGCCCUCGACCCCCUCGGACAGUGACCUCUGACCCCCGCCACGUCACCAUGGAAACCUACUGGAGAGAAGUGCGGAGCAUUGAGGAGGAGAAAGAGGGAGAGGAAGAGGAGGAUGAGGAGGAGAGGAAGAGUAUGGAUGAGGUGGAGCUGGAGGAGGCGUGGCUGAAGGAGGCAGGGUUAUCCUCACUGGUGACCGACUUGUUGUCAGAAGAGGCGCCGCCACCGGCCGAGGCGCUGCUGUCCACGCUGACACGGCAACAAGCCGCCACGGUGAGAAAGAGGCUGGACAACUACAAUGAGACACUGAAGACCAGAAACAGGCAGCCAAUCAGAGACGUGCGGGACAUCUUCACUGAGCCUGAUGAAGACUCAGUAGAACGAUGCCCCUCCCCGCCCUCUCACCGCGCCGAGUCACCACCAAGUCGAUACCACAACACCACCAAAACCAUCCACCGAAACACUCAUAGAGUUCGACCAGCUCUUCCUGCCUUUGUCUUUGAGGAUCACCUCCCCGAACACCCGUCAUCCCCCAAAAACACACACUCUCCCACAGACACACACUCACAGACACACACACACUCUCCAACAGACACACACUCACAGACACACACACACUCUCCAACAGACACACACUCACCGACACACACACACUCUCCACCUGUCAAUUGGUCGAGACGAGCUGAUUGGCUGCUCCGGGACUGUCCGUACUCAGAGGGCGUGGCUGAGCAUAAACAGGGUGGGACUUGUUGGGACUGCCUUCGUUUCCAUGGAGACGACAGUGACCUGCCGUUUGUACCUGUCUCUCCCUCUCAGGGUCUUACCUCAGCAGACGACCUGUCAUCAUGUGACCUCAUCCGCCUUGGCUUCAUCUCUCACAUCGAGCUCUCCACCUUCCUGCUCGCUCUGGGAGUCCAAACCAAACGCACCCGCCCGCCACGUCGCAGGACCCGGGACUGCGGUGUGUUCGCUGUUCCUCUGAGGUUGUUGUUGGAAAACGACAGAAAGAAGUUUCCUGGAGUCAAAGUUCCUGUCGUCUUCCAGAAGUUGUUGUGUAUUUUAGAGCAGACUGGCCUGCAGACUGAAGGGAUUCUCAGAGUGCCAGCAUCAGCCGCCAGACUCAAGUACCUGCGUAGAGAGUUAGACAGGUGUUGUGGAGGGUUCGACUGGUCUGCAGUGAGACAGGUGGACGCCGCAGGUCUGCUGAAGCUUUUCAUCAGAGAGCUGCCAACACCUCUGCUGACACACACACACCUGUCCACCUACCGCUCUGUGCUGGGUGUGUCCUCUGAGGUCCACCAGGUCCAGGCUCUGCAGCUGCUGUCCUUGUUGCUUCCAGAAGAGAACAGAGACACACUCAAAGCUCUAAUGGUCUUCCUGCGUAAGGUAGUCUCUCACCAGGACCAGAACAGGAUGUCUCUGUGGAACGUCUCCAUGGUGAUGGCACCCAACCUGUUUACCCGCCCUCACCAUGGCAACAAACGCUCCAUCGCCAGGCAACAGGAGGAGAUGGAGGAGGCGGUGGGUGGAGCUCACCUGGUCCGACUGAUGAUCACACACCAGGACCUGCUGUGGACUGUCCCCAGCUUCCUGCUGUCUCAGGUGAGACAGAUGAACCAGGCAUCCAAUCAGAAACGGUUCGGCCUGACCAGGGCAAAAAGACGGCUGCUGAGGAGGAAGAACGACAAGACUGAGAGGAACCAGAUCACGGAGCUGUGGGACGGUGUUGUCAGGGUUCACGCCCCUCUGCACGCCAAGGUCUCCAUGGCUGUACAGCUGGACGGACAGAUGACAGCAAGAGACGUCAUCACCCGCUUUGAGUGUGACAACAGUGUUUGUCUCUGCAGCAGCAGCUGUCUUCAGCAUCUGUACGAAGUCGGAGGAAACAUCUGUGAGCGGCGUCUCCAUCCAGACUGCGUGCUGUUGGAUGUUUACAAAGUGAAUCCUCACUGUGAUUGGCUGAUCAAACCCUGACACACACUCUGUCUGACCACCAAUCCGACAGCGUGUUUAAAGACUCUCAUCCUGUCUCACUUCCUGUCCCAACGCUCCAACAACCUGUAAGAACUGGUCUGUCAACCUGACCUUCUUCACGUCUCGCCGCGUCUCGCCUGUGUGACGUCUCACCGCCUGCUCGGCCAUCUUUUCAGAGACAGUGACCUCCGCCUGUUGUCAUGGUGACAUCAGGAGCAGCUGUUAAACUGGAGAAACACAAACUGUUUGUAUUUCCUGUAUUUUCUAUGUCUGGUUUUAUUGUUACAGACAGCCGCUGAUAUUAAAACCAUGAGGAGCAGCUGCUGGUGGUGUCGUGUUGGUACCUGCAGGUUCAUUCAUUAUGAACUCGUCCUGACGCAGCUGGAAACACCUGAAACCACACGUUGAUUUGAAUACACACACUGGGUGGAGAUUUAAUCUGUCAAAUUUCUUAUUUCAAUAAAAAUAAAAAGUGAAAGUGAUGAAAUAUAAAAAAGAGAAAACAGACGUGGUUUAAAAACAGUCGCUCUGCUCAUGAAACUGAACAGAACUAUUUUAUAUACAACGACACAAAAUGGAGCCUUUCUGUACAGACAUUACAAAUCAUACAUGAAGCCAGAGGACACGGAGGUGUCCAUGUUUAACAUGUUCAUCACAUGAUCGCUGAGGUCAUCAGUUCAAGUUAAAGUCACAUCAGGUUCAGGAAAAAAAAAAAUCAUACAAA